UAUGCUAUUAUCUUCUCAGCUGUCUCCCGCGCGACUUCCACGCAUCGAAGCUGAGAAAAUGAACAGCUUUUCUUCAAGCUUGGGAGCGCGAUUCCCUGCGGCAUCAGGGAGGGCAACUUCUUCCCCAUUGAAGAAUCUCUGUGGCGGAAUGGCGAGGCGGGCAAGGAGAGGCGCGCCGGUUUCUUUGCCUCCUUUUAGAGCCAAACCCUCCAGGAUUGUUUGCAUGGCGGCACCUUAUUUACUCACGAAGUUGGAGUCCGCAGAGAAAACGUGGAAAGAGUUGUCAAUCAAGCUGGCUGAUCCUGAUAUUGUAUCAAAUCCUAGCGAGUAUCAAAAGCUUGCACAAUCUAUGGCAGAACUUGAUGAGGUCGUAGCUUACUACAACAAGCUCAAAAAUUGCGAGAAACAACUAGAAGAAUCAAUAGCUCUAGCAGAAGAGGAAGCGAGCGAUCCAGAUAUGGCGAAUAUGAUCGGGCUUGAAAUUGAAAUGCUAUCUAAUCAACUUAAAGAGCUUGAAGAUAAACUGAAGGUAUUAGUACUACCUAGUGAUCCCCUUGAUUCACGCAAUAUUUUGCUGGAAGUUAGAGCAGGUACUGGCGGUGAUGAAGCUGGCAUAUGGGCUGGUGAUCUUGUGCGUUUGUAUCAGAAGUAUGCGGAGCGCAAUUCGUGGAAAUACACGACUAUUUCUUGCUCAGAGGCUGAGAAAGGUGGGUAUAAAACAUAUGUAAUGGAAGUUAAAGGAACUCACGUUUAUAGUAAAUUGAAGUAUGAAUCUGGCGUUCAUCGGGUGCAACGUGUGCCCCAAACAGAAACACAAGGCCGUGUGCAUACUUCUACUGCAACUGUAGCAAUCAUGCCUGAGGCUGAUGAAAUUGACGUUUUAAUUGAUCCAAAGGACAUUACAAUGACAACUGCAAGAUCUGGUGGCGCAGGAGGGCAAAAUGUCAACAAGGUCGAGACGGCUGUUGAUCUGUUCCACAAACCUACAGGGAUACGCAUCUUCUGCACCGAAGAAAGAACACAGCUUCAGAACAAAAAUCGCGCCUUUCAACUGCUUCGUGCCAAACUUUAUGACAUCAAAGUAAGAGAGCAACAGGAAUCAAUGAGGAACCAAAGAAAAUUGCAGGUUGGAACAGGUGCUCGCUCCGAGAAAAUCAGAACAUACAAUUUCAAGGACAACAGAGUAACCGACCAUCGUCUCAAGAUGAAUUUUGAGCUUACGUCCUUCCUUUCGGGUGACAUUGAGACAGCCGUACAGUCCUGUGCCGCAAUGGAGCAGAAAGAGCUUUUGGAGGAGCUGGCAGAUUCUCUCUCUUCAACAACUGUAUGACCCCUUCUAUAUUGUCCAAAUA